AUGGCCAGAAAAAGUGAGAGGAUCAUAUAUGACGAUCCCCUCCCUAUUCCUCAUGAAUUUUACCAGCCAGGAGGCAUUGUCAUUGGUGAGAUUGUUUCUCAAGUCUUUUUCCUCUCUAAUACGCUCUCUUUCAUGGAACAGCCUGCCCAGAUCACGAUUGACACACCUAUAUCAGUGCCAAAGAACUACCAGCACGUUCUGGCCUUAGCAUUUGCUGUCAAAGAAAUCAACGAGAAUCCCAACGUCUUAUCCAAUAUCUCUCUGGGGUUUCGUAUCCUCAAUAGCUACUACACUGCAAGGAUGACCUAUAAGGCCACCCUCAGCCUGCUCUCCACAGAACAUAGGUUUAUCCCCAACUUCAAAUGUGACAACCAAAACAAUCUGAUAGCUCUCAUUGGGGGAUGUAUCUCUGAAGUCUCUGCCAACGUGGCCAUCAUUUCAGCAAUCCACAAGACUCCACAGCUGACUUAUGGAUCAUUUCUGCCACUAAAAGGUGUCAAAAAGUUCUUCCCAUUUUUGUAUCAGAUGGUCCCAAAUGAAGCCCACCAGUACACAGGGAUUGUGCGAUUACUUCAGCAUUUUAAGUGGACAUGGAUUGGGCUUUGGGCUGUGGAAGAUGACAGAGGGGACAGGUUUUUAAAGACAAUGGUCCCAAUCCUUUCCCCUAAUGGCAUCUGUUAUGCCUAUAUAGUAAGAAUACCAAAAUGGAAUUAUGUGGAUGAGAUGAUAGACUUUGCUUUACAGCAUUUAGGAACCUAUGCAAUGGUCUUUGAGGAAAACCCAACUGUGUUCAUUGUUUAUGGAGAACCUCCAUCCUUUCAGGUUCAUCAUUAUCUGAGGAGCAUCAUAUUCAAUAAUAGUGCUGCUGAGAAUGUGCACUUUGAUGAAAAUGGAGAAUUGGUUGCAGGUUUUGAUAUUACAAACUGGCUGAUGUUCCCCAAUGGUUCAGUGGUUAGAGUAACGAUUGGAAGAUUAGAACCUCGGGCUCUUCCAGGCAAAGAGUUUACCAUUUAUGAAGACCAGAUUGUGUGGCAUCCACAUUUUAAUCAGGUGCUGCCCCUUUCUGUGUGCAAUGAGAACUGCUAUCCUGGCUACAGCAGGAAAAAGAAGGAGGGAGAGAAAUUUUGCUGUUAUGACUGUGCUCCAUGUCCAGAAGGAAUGAUAUCUGGUCAGAAGGAUAUGGAUGCCUGUGUCAAAUGUCCAGAAGACCAAUAUCCAAACAAGGACCAAACUAGAUGCAUUGCUAAGGUUCUAAGUUACCUCUCUUACAAGGAAGAUUUAGGGGUCAUCUUAGCUACCUUGACUAUUGCUUUCUCAUUGAUCACAGUUUUAGUUCUUGGGAUUUUUAUCAAGCACAGGGAGACUCCAAUCGUUAAAGCCAACAACCGGACACUCACCUACAUCCUCCUCAUCUCCCUCCUCCUUUGCUUCUUCAGCUCCUUACUCUUCAUUGGAAAGCCUGGGAAAGCGAUCUGCCUCCUCCGACAAACAGCGUUUGGUACCAUAUUCUCUGUGGCCCUUUCCAGCAUUUUAGCAAAAACCAUCAUGGUGGUGAUGGCAUUUAUGGCAACCAAGCCAGGUUCUACAAUAAGAAAAUGGGUGGGGAGAAGACUGAAAAAUUCCAUCAUCCUUUCCUGUUCCUUUCUUCAAGUUGACAUAUGUACUCUUUGGCUAAGUACUUUCCCUCCAUUCCCAGACACAGACAUGCACUCAGUGAAUGAGGAGAUUAUACUGGAAUGUAAUGAAGGUUCCACUACCAUGUUUUAUUUGGUCUUGGGCUAUAUGGGUUUCCUAGCCAUUAUCAGCCUCGUGGUGGCUUUCCUUGCCAGGAAAUUACCUGACAGUUUCAAUGAAGCCAAAUUUAUCACUUUCAGCAUGUUGGUGUUUUGUAGUGUUUGGUUAUCCUUUGUUCCAACCUACCUGAGCACCAAAGGAAAAUACAUGGUGGCUGUGGAGAUCUUCUCCAUCUUGUCCUCCAGUUUUGGGUUACUGGCCUGCAUUUUUUCCCCUAAGUGCUACAUCAUUCUUCUGCGACCUGAGCUGAACAACAGGGAGCAACUAGUAAGGAAAAUAAAAUGA